AUGAAGUUGAACGUUAGCAACCCGGCGACCGGUGCGCAGAAGCUGAUCGACGUUGAAGAUGAGCGCAAGCUCGCUGUUUUCAUGGAGCGUCGGAUGGGUGCCGAGGUCCCCGCCGACUCUCUAGGUGACGAGUGGAAGGGCUACAUUGUCCGCAUCACCGGUGGCAACGACAAGCAGGGCUUCCCCAUGAAGCAGGGUGUACUGCAGCCCACCCGUGUCCGCCUCCUGCUGUCUGACGGCCACUCCUGCUACCGUCCCCGCCGGUCCGGCGAGCGCAAGCGCAAGUCGGUCCGCGGCUGCAUCGUCAGCGCUGACCUGUCCGUCCUGGCUCUGUCUAUCGCCAAGCAGGGUGAGGCCGACAUCCCCGGCCUGACCGACGUUGUCCACCCCAAGCGCCUGGGCCCCAAGCGUGCCCGCAAGAUCCAGAAGUUCUUCGGUCUGUCCAAGGAGGACGAUGUCCGGAAAUACGUCAUUCGCCGUGAGGUCCAGCCGAAGGGCGAGGGCAAGAAGCCCUACACCAAGGCCCCCAAGAUCCAGCGCCUGAUCACCCCGCAACGCUUGCAGCACAAGCGUCACCUGAUUGCCCUGAAGCGCCGCCAGAACGAGAAGGUCAAGGACGAGGCUGCUGAGUACGCUCAGAUCCUGGCCAAGCGUGUCCACGAGGCCAAGGCACAGAAGGCUGACCUGCGCAAGCGGCGCGCGAGCUCCCACAAGUAA